GUAGCAAGUCACGCAGGGGGUCACAUGAACUGUUUUUAAUUGCAGCUAACGUAAUGUGACGUUUUGUACCCAUUUCUUGUUUAAAUCGUUUGUCAUAAAUCCUAAGGUUCGCUUUCAUUUGCAAGAAAUCUAAAAAUACAAGAUGGACGAGGACGGUCUACCAAUCGUGGGGUCUGGUGUUGAUCUUACUAAGGUUCCUGCUAUACACCAGAGAAGAAUUGUCGCCUAUCUCAAUCAGUUUGUUGUCCACACGGUUCGGUUCCUUAAUCGAUUUUCCACCGUGUGUGAAGAGAAACUUGCAAAUAUAUCUCUCCGGAUACAGCAGAUCGAAACCACGCUGAGCAUUUUGGAAGCUAAGUUGUCCUCUAUUCCCGGCCUGGAAGAUGUCACAGUAGAUGGACUCAAUCAACAGCACCAUACGCAGACUAACGGACCCAGCAGUACCAGUCAGAACCAAACUGAUGGUCCAGUAACAGGAGCACCUACUCCCUCAGAGCCGGCUCAGUGCUCAACGGAGGCUGCACCUGCACGAAAAGCAGAAGUGGCUGCAGAGAAUGUCAUGACUGUAGCGAAGGACCCACGUUAUGCCCGUUACCUGAAAAUGGUUCAAGUGGGGGUACCAGUGAUGGCCAUUCAGAAUAAAAUGACGGCGGAGGGCUUGGAUCCCAGCCUACUGGACACACCUGAUGCCCCUGUGCCGGAUGGAGCGACGAGAAGCACAGAGGAUGAAGAUAUGACGACCACCAGCUCUGACAGUGAAUCAUCUUUUAGCGACUGAUAUCUUCUUUUUGCGCUCGUCACUGCAAAGAUACCUCGGAAGGCCGUUAAUCCUUAUGUGCU